UGGUGAGAUAACACCUGGUGACCUGUUUUUGUUGCUUUUUGUGUAACCUCGGAGGCGGAGAUCACUUUCUGCAUGUAAGACGGCUAACUAUUUAGAGCUAUUAUUGCUCAGUCUGAGUGGCCUUUCCAAAUGCACUGCAUCGGGAUCUAUAGUCUUCCAGUUUUCGGUGUUCAGCUCUUCAUACAUAUCCUUUUCUUCUCAAACCUCGAUCUUCUGCUCCUCUUUUUCUGCUCUCUUAUCAAAUCCUUCUGAUCCCUCUUUAAUGAGCUCCCUCUUACAGAGUAACGAACCUUCAACGUGUGCAUAUGGCGGAAGUGGUUGGUCUGAUUGCAAGCGUCGCCACUUUGGUCGAGUCAGCAGCCAAGCUGGUAAAACUGAUCAACAGAUUGACUGACGCGCCGGACGAACUCCUUGCGCUUUCCAACGAGGCAAACGAUCUCCGCCUUCUCCUGGCCGAAAUCGAAAAGGCAACAGCAGAUCAGCCGGAACUGCAACUCAGCCUCGCCGGCAGCCUUCAGAACGCAGACGACAAAAUCAAAGCUUUACACUCGUUCUUGCAACAAAUCGACAUCUCUAAAAUCAGAGCCAAAGAUCGCUUGAGAUGGGUUCGAAAUCGAAGCAAGGUUUGCGCGUUGCAAUCCGGAUUUCGCGAGGCACGACUUCAACUGAGUGCUUUACUCGCUACAAACACUUCUUCUAAGGUACAUCGGACGGGAUUAGUUCUUCAGCAGAUUGAUCUCACUACUUUGGCGUCAGCUCUUGAGCUGGGAAAGAUCACAAAUCUCAUUCUUUACCAGAAUCGUCUACUCGAACAGAUACAACAGGGACCGGUGCAGCUACAGAGCCAGGCUGCGGUACCCGUUGCCGGAAAUACUCGAAAUAUACACUCUAAGUCGAGUUAUGCUGCUGUAUCCGUCCGCAGAUCCUCUGGACGCCGUUACCCUCGCGAUUGUCAAUGUACAUGCCACGUUCGGCUGAAAACGCAAUCACUGACAACUCGCUUCUUUGGGUCCCUCUUUCUCGGGUACUGUGGCUCCCCAUCUUCUACUCAAGUCUGUUCGGAAAAAACAUGCAACCGGAAAUGCAAGAACCAACCCCUUCAACUAGCUCUCACAUACUACUUUCCCAAUUGGAUGUUUUAUAAGGCCAUCUUCUUUGCUUUCACUUGGAGCCCGCUCUCGGACCCUUCACUGUUCUUGAGUAUACGGAACGUUGUUCCAGGUAACUCCCCUUGGAUAGUCGCUGCUAAAACCGGUAAUGUCGACAGUUUCAAACUGCUUCUCGAAACAAGACAGGCGAAUCUCAAUGAUGUCAGCUCUUGGGACGGGUUUACCGCACUUUAUAAUGCAAUGACAAGCAAUCAAUGGGAUGCAUGCGAAUUUCUUAUCCAACUCGGAGCCAACACUAAUAAUAGUGAUGAAUACGGGGCAACUCUCGUUGACUGGGGGUGGCUGGAAAUCCUCACUCGGGGACUGCAAGACAAAGACAGCAUGCGUAUCCGGGAGUUACUUAGAACGGACAUCACGUUCUUGGAUGACCAAUGGCAGCUACCCCGUCUUCACAAAAUUGUCACUGGGGUCCUUGAGUGCGACCUUUCUCAGGAACUUCCGCACCAUAUUUCUGAGAUAAAUGCUACAGAUUCUAGGGGCAGAACAGCGUUAUGGUGGGCCGCAAGGUCAGGCAACUUCGAAGCAAUGCGCCUAUUGCUCGAACACGGAGCAGAUGCCACUAUCAUUGGCCGAUAUCACGGCUAUACACCUCUUCAAAAUGCAGCUGGGAGCGACUCAGAAACGGCCUUAAAAGCGUAUCAGAAAAACUCACGAUCUUUUUUGGACGUUCCAGAUCAGAAUGGUCGGACACCGCUUGUAUUCGCAGUUCAAAGAAAUAACCUCGACUGUGUAGACCUUCUCCUAAGUUUCGGUGCUGAUUAUACAGUACGAGACAAGAAAGGCAGAACUAUACUACACCAUGCUGCUGAGAAGGGAGAUGCGUCGCUACUGGACAACCUUGCGGCUCAUGGCCUCUCAGGAAUCGAUACCGAGGCUCGAAACAAGCAGGGAGAUACCGCUCUUGACUACUACAACAGUUUGGCGGAGGCAUUGGAAUUCGACCAAGACAAAACCGACGCGUUCUAUCGCCUAUGGGAAAAGGUCACGUCAACAUCGAGCGACGAUGCCGAAGCCCCCAUCAUCGAACUCUCUGACGAUACAGACGACACGGACUCAGUAGAAGGCAGCGGCUCAACAAUCAACGAAGAGAGCGGCUCCGGGUCAGAUGAAGAAGACGAAUUCGUGGAUGCCCAGAGCUUCUGA